UUAUUACAUUUCAAAUAGAUAUAAAUGUUCCUGAUCGAUAUCAUAUUCUUUGCUAUAAAAUAAAAUACAAUUUGUGCUAAAGGAAUUUUCCUAUCAGUGCAAAAUCAGUAAUAGAGUCAUUAACGUAACAUUACGUGAAUGUGUGAAAAAUAUGCGAUAUGAAAAGAUAGGUAUAUACUUCAAUGAGAAGGUCAUAGAGUAGGGGAAUAUGAUUAGAUAGUGUUUCCAUUAUUAUUUCUUUAUAGUUCUACGUGUUUUCUUUUUCUUUACCGAAGUUAAAUUAUUAUUUCAUAAACUAUUUUAUCUUACAUUUUACUACAUUAAAAUAAUUUACAAAGUGCAUUUAAUGAUAAGUUAUAAAGUAUAAUUUAUUUUUCGACCAAAAUCUACAUUUCAACAAUAUGGCAACAUUAGAUGUAAAAAAAUUGAAAUUUACAUGCAGACCGCUACAUGUACCAAGUCUUAAUGAAAUAAAAACUGUUUUAGAAGAAGGAUUAUCUACAAAUUUUGCUGAAGUUAAAGUGGAAGUUGUGAAUUGUCCAGACUUAACAAAAGAACCAUUUUUACUUUCUGCUUCAGGUUUAAGUGGCAAUCCUACCAUUUUUGAAAUUGGAGGUCCAUCUUACCUGUUGCCUAUUGUUCAAAAGGAUAAGUUAUAUGAUGUUCAUGAGCUUUUGAAACACAUAAACUAUUCUGAUAAGUCUUUUGUUAUCGGUGCAGGAGCUGGGCCAUGGCCGUAUAUAAAUUCUAAUUGUGAAUUAAUGAUGAAUUUAGUCAUUUCAUCAUCUGGAAUAAAGAAUGAAACACGCAUUGCUUCAGUUGAUAAAUCAAGUGGAAAUUGUAAACUUGAAACAUUAAAUGGUAAUGAAACGCGACUUGCACUAUUAGCAAAUCUUUUUAUAAGUAAAGGUGAAACAGGAUCCGUUUUAAAAGUGCAUGUUAAGAGGCGCACUGGCAAGGAUGACUUCAUAGCUUGUAUGCAAAAAGCACUUGCACAUCAUUAUAAAGAUAAACUUGUUGGCUUCGGUGGAACAUUUUUAAUCAACGAAGGAAAAGUAAAACAGCAUGUUAUGCCAGAUUUUUCUACUACACCAUUAAACAAUUUACAACAACUAGAUGAUUGGUUAAAUUUUUACAAUAUGUCAACUCCUCUUGUAGCUGUUGGUACAUUUGUAAGCUCAGAAACAGAUUUGGAUCUGAGAGUACAACAUUUUCACAGUUUUUCACAUCAUGGUGAAGGAGGACAUUAUCAUAUCGACACUACUCCUGAAACCAUAGAAUAUUUGGGAUAUUUUAAUUUAGGAAAUAAUUUAUAUCGUAUUGAUCAACCGGCCAAGAGUUUAAAAUUUGGAAAGGACUAACUUACUGUAUGCAUAUAAAUUAUUGGUUUUACCCCACACACACAAUACAAGUGUAAUAUUAGAAUAUUCAGUAAUAAAGGUACUGGUGAUAUAUAUAUAUAUUUAAAAUACUGAAAAUUCUUAUAUUACUUAUAAGGCAAUUCAAAAUUUAUAUAGUUUUAUUUUAUUUGUGUACGUGUGGGUACAUACACAGGUAAUAUAAUUAUACUUAUUGACAAUAAUAUAUUUUACAUUUGUCAUGAAAUACAUAUUAAAAUAUGUAGACAUGCAUUAUACCAUAAAAAAUUAAUAAAAAUAUAUUU